CUCCACCAGACUCCGUUAUUUUCAGUUCCUCUCUCUCUCUCUCUCUCUCUCUCUCUCUCUCUCUCUCUCAAUUAAACAUGGUACAAUCGAAGAAGUUCAGAGGCGUCAGGCAACGCAACUGGGGUUCUUGGGUUUCCGAGAUUCGCCACCCCUUACUGAAGAGAAGGGUGUGGCUGGGAACUUUUGAAACAGCCGAAGAGGCGGCCCGAGCCUACGACGAGGCCGCGAUACUGAUGAGCGGCCACAGUGCAAAAACAAACUUUCCGGUGAUUGCAAACCACUCCACCAAUGACAAUAACUCUUCGUCAUCAUCAUCCUCGUCGGCAAUUUCGUCAAUUUUAAGUGCGAAACUUCGCAAGUGCUGCAAGUCUCUGUCACCGUCUCUCACAUGCCUGAGGCUCGACCCGAACAAUUCUCACAUUGGAGUAUGGCAAAAGCGUGCCGGUUCAAGAUCGGAUUCCAGUUGGGUCAUGACUGUAGAGCUUGGCAAGAAAAAGGAGCAACCACCGGAGACGGCAGUGACGCCAGAAACGUCGUCGUCAACGACGGGGUUGAAGGAGGUCGGAGGUGGGUUGGAGGAGGAGGAAAGGGUGGCACUGCAAAUGAUAGAGGAACUUCUUGAUAGAAAUUGAAGUUCAGCAGUGCUAGGUUCACAGAACGUGCAUUGUGUGGACAAUUAUUUCAACAAUUGUGCUAUGUGCAUAGAAAGUUCUAAAUACAGAAGGCAUGAAUGUGAAAUAAAAAAUGUUUACUUUCUAAUCGUAAA